CAUUUGAUGUCGUCUGCUGGCCACGAAACCAAGACUGGGAAAUUUAGAUUUGUCUUUGGUUGUGAAAUCGUGUUUGCUUAAGAGAUUUAUUGACAGGAUCCAUUCGAUUAUUGAAGAAAUUUAAAACAAAAAUAUCAGAUCGCAUCAUCUGUAUUCAAGUUAUGUUCCAAGAGGAAUCUAUUGAAUUUCCUGUACAUUCUAGAUUCCUAUUUUAGACAAGCUGCUCCAUGAUGAUGGGCAACUCAAAAUCAAACCGCUCAGGUGAAAAUCAACCUUCCAAAUCCAAAAGUCCUGAUAAGCGAAGCACAGCCAGCACUCAUAAGACAUCCAAAAAGAAACAUGUGAAUGGGCAUAAUCAAGAUUUACACCAGCAUGAGGAAUCCUCCAGACAUGCUAAUACUGUUUCUAGUAACAAUGGCUCUGCCUCAACAUCUUCAGAGUCACAAUUGACUCGGCGACCACUAAGAAAUAAUUCAAGCAAAGAACUAUACGAAACAGUUUAUGCUGAGCCAAACCAUGUUCCACUGUUGGUUCCAAAAAAAGAAAAACCAGGUUUUCAUAGAAAAACAACUUUCCAUAUUUCAAGAGAUCCUCGCAUGACGGAAAAUCCGAUUUUGGAUCAUGCUGACGACAUGUUGGAGGAUGCUUCUGACGAAACGUUGAAUCAGGAUUUAACAAAUGACUUCUCAGCACCCACUGAACCUGUUCUCGAUUUGGUUGUCGAUAUCAACGUUGAACAAGUAAAAAAUGAAAUCGAGGAUCUCGGCCUUGCAGAUGGCAGCGAUUGGAAAUCCAAGUUUUUAAACGUAGGAAACACCAUCACAGAAGAAGCUGAAAAAAACUCCGAUAACGCUGGCCACGUACGAAUAAAAACAGAGCCGAUGGAAGACCAUGUGUUGCCAACUUCUAAACCGAUCGAAGAUGAUCGUUGCUCGGUUGACUCGGGUUCUACUGUGGGUCUUCCAUCUCCCGAAAGAGCUUCUCCAACUCCAUCGUGUCCUUCACCUAGGCCUAGUGAAGAUAAUCAGGCUAUGGUUGGUCAAGAUGAUUAUACAACACUGAAAAUAACUCCGAAUGGACAACCAAUCUCAUCAGAACUUAAAAAUGACAAACCAGUUGCAGAUUCCGUCUCAGAAAAUAACUUUCCGAUUGCCGGAAAUUCGAGCACAUCAUACUAUUCCCCACCAACAGACCUGGAGGAAGAAUAUCGGAAGCUAGAGAGGGAAAAGAUAGCAGCCUCCUUAUUAGCAAACAAGGAAUAUUCACGUGAAAAUACAGACGUAUCAAGCGACGAAGAAGUUUCUGUGCCUACUGAAAGCCAUUCGAAUGCGCCAGCUUUCCACGUCGAUGAUUUUGGUGACGAUGACGAUGGCGAACAGUUCUGCGACUUCGACCAGGAAAAGGAUCCUAGCUGGACCAGCCCCACACCUCCUGAGGAUAGUAGAACCGGUCAAAAGCGCUCACUUCCUACUGAGGAGGCAACCACCAUCAAUGAAACGACAGUCCCUCUUUCAAAAAAAAACAAAUUUCAGGUCCUAAAGUUUCCUCAAGAUGGUGUUGAGCCCAGUCCCCAUCCUACGACUAUUACUCCUGUGGAAAUUAGUACUUCAACUUCUACCGCUUCCAGCUCUGCGACGAGCUCCACUGCUGAAACGUCAACACCCAAGCCUUCAGAAAUGGAAGUCGAUGUCCCUUUAUCCCAGUCUGCCACGCCCACAAAUAAGAGUUCAUCAUCUACCAGACCAAGAAUUCCGGUUAAAUUAACAACUACUAACCGAGCUUCAAUGAUGGUUGAAGACUACCUAAAUUCGGCUAAUAUUAACGCCGCUAGGGUACCGAACAAGCGGGCAGUCACGCCGUCAAAAACUACCCCUAAACCGAAGAAAACCGUUAGGAGCGAGAGGUCUACUCCUUCUUCUCCUUCUCGCCCAGUUGACCUGGAAUUUUCGGAGAGCAUUGCUGGUGAUCAUGGCAUCCACGAAGAUAGCCCACGACCACAGAAUCUUGUUGCGUUAGUAUCAAGGGCACAAGAUCCACGUCUGAGAAGAAAAGAAAACGAAACGUCUUUUAUGGCCAGUAAGCCGUCCAAUACAAUUUCAAAUUUGAGUCUCACCGUCAAAAACCGAAUUCUCAUGCGAGUACUGAAAUUGUGGCAAUACAAAUGGAUCGAGCAACAAGCCGAAAACAAAGAACCUCCUCCAUUGCUUGAGCAGGAUAGAAAUUUUCCACUGGAGAUUCCACAGUUGUCCUGCGUUCCAGUAUUGACCAAGUAUGGCGACCUACAAUCCUAUUAUGAUAUCUUUCAUCCACUCAUUCUGCACGAAAUGUGGUCGAGUUUGGUCCUCAAGAUUAAGGAAAUUAAGGAGAAAAAUUGUUCGGAAUGGAAAUGUCUGAUUAUGACGUUAACUAAAGAAGACGCUUUCGUUCUUCUGCGCUGCAUUAUAAUACUGGAGUAUGAGAUAGAUGCUCCAAUAGCAAAUGAUUUAGUCGUAAUGAAAUUUACCCGUGCCAAUGGAGAAUUUCUUCAUCCGUUUGGCUUUGUAGAGAGUUCCAAAACAAUCAGAUUGUCCAAAAUAUCUGAUUUAGACCCAACGUUAAUGCCUAAAGACAAAUCAAAAGCAAAUUAUUCGGCUGAAGUCCUCAUUCGAAUCACGAAGAACUAUGCACCGAAGAAUUAUGCUCCAGGACAGAAGAACAUAAUUUGCGCAAUGGCUAAAAUUACAUCAUUGGCUUCUUUUAUGGACCUGUUUCAUGCUCAAGCUGCUUUCAACUUUUCUCCCCUUCGCGAUAUCAUCCUCCAUCCUCGACCAUUCGCUUUUCAAUUAAUGCACAGCCAAAGGCUUUUCCAGAUGGACUAUUUGGACCCCUUGCAAACGGAGGCGUAUCUCUCAAUUGGGCAAACCAUGCUAAUUACACCGAAUGACCAACCAAAAAUUGCUCUACUCCAAGGAUUUCCAGGUACUGGCAAAACACACGUGGCGGUCCACAUAAUCAACCAUUUGCUUGGCCACAAGCUUCACGGUAUCCGACCGAAAAUUCUCUAUUGUGCCCCCACACAUGCAGCCGUGGACGAAAUGACCAGACGCUUGGUAAAAAUGAACAGAUUCAUGGAGCCAGAUGCCCGCUUCGAUGUUCUACGGAUGGGGACUUGGGCGAGGCUUCAUCCGGAUAUUAGGGAAGCGACCCUGGAAGACAAGUUGAUAAGAUUACGGGCACGUAUCAAGCAAGAAAACCCUGCGCGAAAGGAAGUCCGUACUCUUGAAGAAAAAUUGGUUCUCCUCCAGAAUCUCAAGCAAUCCAUCUUGAAAGAACUGAAUCAAGAUUCACAUUCCCUCCAAAGAAUUGAAGAAUUGGAACAGAAACUGGCAGAGGUAACCGAUGAGAUAGAAACAGCAACCGUUUUAUUAGAAGAAACUAAAAAAGUUCAAGAGGAGAAAGUAGAAAAAGACCUUCAAGAUCAAAAACACCUAACCAUUUCGCAGGCGGAUGUAAUCUGCACCACAUUAGAAACAUGUUGUGACACAGACAUGCAAAACAUUUUCCUUGAUCGGAAACCAGACGGUAGCGGAAAGAUGCCUAGGCCAUUUCUGUGCUGCAUUAUAGAUGACGCUUCCUUGUGUACGGAACCUCAAACAUUGAUUCCAUUAACUUUAGGGAUAAAGAAGUUAAUUCUUGUCGGGGAUGUUGAGCUUUCACCGUUCAUCCUCCAUUCUUCAGUAGCAAAAGAAUCGCGGCUAGACCAAUCUUUAUUUAGUCGUUUUCAUUCUUUUUUGAGUUUGGAAUGCAACGAAAACGAGCGCACGAUCUUCUCGCUGAAUAUGCAACAUCGCAUGGACUAUGAAAUCUGUCAGUGGACUUCAAAGUACUAUUACGGAAACCAGUUGCUGACAUCUGCUACAUUGAAGUUAAAUACUCCGUUGCAUGCUUAUAGAAUUUUGGAUGUUAAAGACAGCCGUGAGAAGUCUGAUGGCUCAAGCUUAAUCAACCGAUCUGAGGCUGAAGUUGUCGUGAAAAUCGUUGAAUCUCUUCUGCUUUCUCCGGAUCUGAAUGAAAGAACAAUUGGAAUUGUGACGUUUUACGAAAAACAACGAAUUCUCAUUCGCCAUCUCAUAAGAGAAAGGAGGCCGAGAGAUUAUGCUCGCACUGAAGUGAGAUUAGUGCAAGACGUGCAAGGCACUGAAACGGAUAUUGUUAUUAUUUCUUGCGUUAAAACGAUAAUUCGAGGCAGGGACAAAAAUUUGGCUACGUUAACCGAAUACUGGAACGUGGCGUUAACCAGGGCAACUGAAUCGUUAUUCAUCUGCGGACAUCUCAAAACUCUUCAGGCCAAUGAAGUUUUGAAAGAUCUCAUCUGUGAUGCAGACAAACGUCAAGUGAUUCAUCGAGUAUCAAGUUUAUUUGACCCUAGUAUGUUAUACGAUGUACUGCUCAAACCAACCGCGUACAUGGCAAUGUAAGCAGUAAAUCUAAAAUAGAAGGGUAAUUUCUCUAGUUGUCUCACCAGCUUUCAAAAUCGUCUUCCGACGAAGUCCUUUCAUCGUUUAGUAGCACAGCUUCAAAUAACAACUAUGAAAUCGG